AUGGUGAAGGUGAUGGAGAAGGAUGCUGUGGUGGUGUCACUGGUGGUAUGGCUAAUCUUGGUUGUACAUCAUCUUAAGCUCAUUUAUGCUAAUAUGGAAGGUGAUGCAUUGCAUAGUCUACGCGUCAAUUUACAAGAUCCUAACAAUGUGCUACAGAGCUGGGACCCUACCCUUGUUAAUCCUUGCACAUGGUUUCAUGUUACCUGCAACAAUGACAACAGUGUUAUAAGAGUUGAUUUAGGAAAUGCAGCUUUAUCUGGUCUGUUAGUCCCACAGCUUGGCCUUUUGAAGAAUUUGCAGUACUUGGAGCUUUACAGUAAUAACAUAAGUGGUCUAAUACCGAGUGAUCUUGGGAAUUUGACUAAUUUGGUCAGCUUGGAUCUCUACUUGAACAACUUCGUCGGUCCCAUCCCAGAUUCCUUGGGCAAGCUGUCGAAAUUGAGAUUCCUUCGGCUCAACAAUAAUAGCUUAACUGGUAACAUCCCUAUGUCACUGACUAAUAUCUCAUCACUACAAGUGUUGGAUCUGUCAAACAACCGUCUCUCAGGUGUUGUUCCAGAUAAUGGUUCCUUUUCUCUAUUCACGCCUAUCAGUUUUGCGAAUAAUUUAGAUCUUUGCGGGCCUGUAACUGGACGCCCUUGUCCGGGAUCUCCUCCAUUCUCCCCUCCGCCUCCAUUUGUUCCACCACCACCAAUUUCUGCUCCAGGAGGAAAUGGUGCAACUGGAGCAAUUGCUGGAGGUGUAGCUGCUGGUGCUGCUCUACUAUUUGCUGCUCCUGCCAUUGCAUUUGCCUGGUGGCGCCGUAGAAAGCCACAAGAAUAUUUCUUUGAUGUACCAGCUGAAGAAGAUCCUGAAGUUCACUUAGGUCAACUGAAAAGGUUCUCCCUCCGAGAGCUACAAGUUGCAACCGACAGUUUUAGCAAUAAAAAUAUUCUGGGUCGAGGUGGAUUUGGUAAGGUAUACAAAGGACGCUUAGCAGAUGGAUCAUUGGUGGCUGUUAAGCGGCUUAAGGAGGAGCGUACUCCUGGAGGGGAGUUGCAAUUUCAAACAGAAGUUGAGAUGAUUAGCAUGGCAGUGCAUAGGAAUCUUCUACGAUUGCGUGGUUUCUGUAUGACACCAACUGAAAGACUGCUUGUCUACCCCUACAUGGCGAAUGGAAGUGUUGCAUCAUGCCUGAGAGAACGACCGCCUUCUGAACCGCCACUUGAUUGGCCAACGCGAAAGCGCAUUGCUUUGGGGUCUGCCAGGGGAUUAUCGUAUUUGCAUGAUCAUUGUGACCCUAAGAUUAUCCAUCGUGAUGUGAAGGCUGCAAAUAUAUUGCUAGAUGAAGAAUUUGAGGCUGUUGUUGGAGACUUUGGUUUGGCUAAACUUAUGGACUACAAGGAUACACAUGUUACAACUGCUGUGCGUGGUACAAUUGGGCAUAUAGCUCCAGAAUACCUGUCCACAGGGAAGUCUUCAGAAAAGACUGAUGUUUUUGGGUAUGGGAUCAUGCUUCUGGAGCUAAUCACCGGCCAACGUGCUUUUGAUCUUGCUCGGCUUGCAAAUGAUGACGAUGUCAUGUUGCUUGACUGGGUGAAAGGACUCCUCAAAGAGAAGAAAUUGGAAAUGCUGGUUGACCCUGAUCUUCAGAACAAGUAUGUGGAGGCUGAGGUGGAGCAACUGAUCCAAGUAGCAUUGCUUUGUACACAAAGCAACCCAAUGGAUCGGCCUAAGAUGUCGGAAGUGGUGAGAAUGCUUGAAGGUGAUGGUUUGGCUGAAAGAUGGGAUGAGUGGCAGAAGGUAGAAGUUCUCCGGCAGGAAGUGGAACUUGCACCACAUCCUGGUUCUGAUUGGCUUGUUGACUCAACAGAGAAUUUACACGCAGUGGAAUUAUCGGGUCCAAGGUGA